UUUGUCUGAAGCAGAAGUUUUUUGCGUCUGUCGCUCCUCGCCUUCCGCGGAGAGCUGCUGAAAAACUACCGCAUAGAAGAGAGAGAAAAGAGGAAGUGUUCGGGGGGAGAAAGAGAGAAAGAGGGAGGGCGAGACAGACAGAAAGAGAGGAAGAAGAAGCCGGGGGAGGACCGUUAAUUUCAUCCAUAAACCGACUCUGAAUGCGUGGCGGAGCCGAGCUGCAGGAAGAAAAAACCCAGCAUCGAGAUUCAAAAAGCAGUCUAAAUGUAUAACAUGGAUCAGGACCAGGACGAUGGGGAGAUCUACAUGAACCAGGAGGAUGACUGGGAUCGGGAUCUGCUCCUGGAUCCUGCAUGGGAGAAACAGCAGAGAAAGACAUUUACAGCGUGGUGUAACUCCCACCUGAGGAAAGCAGGAACGCAGAUCGAUAACAUCGAGGAGGACUUCCGGGACGGACUGAAGCUCAUGCUGCUGCUGGAGGUCAUCUCAGGUGAACGUUUGGCCAAACCUGAGAGAGGCAAGAUGAGAGUCCACAAGAUCUCCAACGUGAACAAGGCGCUCGACUUCAUCGCCAGCAAAGGAGUGAAGCUGGUGUCCAUCGGAGCUGAGGAGAUCGUAGACGGCAACGCCAAGAUGACCCUGGGAAUGAUCUGGACCAUAAUCCUCCGCUUCGCCAUCCAAGACAUUUCUGUGGAAGAGACCUCUGCCAAAGAGGGGCUGCUGCUGUGGUGUCAGAGGAAGACGGCGCCCUACAAGAACGUCAACAUCCAGAACUUCCACAUCAGCUGGAAAGAUGGUUUGGGUUUCUGUGCACUCAUCCAUCGACACCGUCCAGAACUCAUCGAUUACGGAAAACUGCGAAAGGACGACCCGAUGACCAACCUGAACACGGCCUUCGACGUGGCUGAGAAAUACCUGGACAUCCCCAAGAUGUUGGACGCAGAAGACAUCAUUAGCACGUUGCGGCCGGAUGAGAAGGCCGUCAUGACCUAUGUGUCGUGUUACUACCACGCCUUCUCAGGCAAGCAGAAGGCGGAGACGGCUGCGAACAGGAUCUGUAAAGUGCUGGCGGUAAACCAGGAGAACGAGCAGCUGAUGGAGGACUAUGAGAAGCUGGCCUCUGAUCUGCUGGAGUGGAUCCGGCGCACCAUCCCGUGGCUGGAGAACCGUCUGCCGGAGAACACCAUGGCGGCGAUGCAGCAGAAGCUGGAGGACUUCCGGGAUUACCGCCGCCUUCACAAGCCGCCGAAAGUGCAGGAGAAGUGCCAGCUGGAGAUCAACUUCAACACGCUGCAGACCAAGCUGCGGCUCAGCAACCGGCCCGCCUUCAUGCCCUCCGAGGGGAAGAUGGUGUCGGACAUCAACAAUGCGUGGGGGGGUCUGGAGGGAGCGGAGAAAGGCUACGAGGAGUGGCUGCUCAACGAGAUCCGCCGACUGGAGAGACUCGAUCAUCUGGCCGAGAAGUUCCGUCAGAAAGCAGCGAUCCAUGAAGCCUGGACCGACGGUAAGGAGGCCAUGCUGCAGAAGCACGACUACGAGACAGCCUCUCUGUCGGAGAUCAAAGCUCUGCUGAAGAAACACGAGGCGUUCGAGAGCGACCUCGCCGCCCAUCAGGACCGCGUGGAGCAGAUCGCUGCCAUUGCACAGGAGUUAAAUGAACUGGACUACUACGACUCCCCCAGUGUGAACGCUCGCUGUCAGAGGAUCUGCGAUCAGUGGGACGCUCUGGGAGCUCUGACCCAGAAACGCAGCGAGGCUCUGCAGAGAACCGAGAAGCUCCUGGAAACCAUCGACCAGCUGUACCUGGAGUUUGCCAAGCGAGCGGCGCCCUUCAACAACUGGAUGGAGGGCGCCAUGGAGGAUCUGCAGGACACCUUCAUCGUGCACACCAUCGAGGAGAUCCAGGGGUUGAGCACGGCCCACGAGCAGUUCAAGGCCACGCUGCCCGAGGCCGACAAAGAGCGGCAGGCGAUCCUCGGGAUCCACAACGAGAUCGCCAAGAUCGUGCAAACGUACCACGUGAACAUGGCCGGCACGAACCCCUACACCACCAUCAACCCGCAGGAGGUCAACGCCAAGUGGGACAAGGUGCGGCAGCUGGUUCCUCAGAGGGACCAGGCUCUGAUCGAGGAGCACGCCCGGCAGCAGAACAACGAGCGUCUGCGCAGACAGUUCGCCAACCAGGCCAACGUGAUCGGACCCUGGAUCCAGACCAAGAUGGAGGAGAUCGGGCGCAUUUCGAUGGAGAUGCACGGCACGCUGGAGGAUCAGCUGACUCACCUCCGUCAGUACGAGAAGAGCAUCGUCAACUACAAGCCAAAGAUCGACCAGCUGGAGGGAGACCACCAGCUGAUCCAGGAGGCGCUCAUCUUCGACAACAAGCACACCAACUACACCAUGGAGCAUAUCCGUGUGGGCUGGGAGCAGCUGCUCACCACCAUCGCCCGCACCAUCAACGAGAUCGAGAACCAGAUCUUAACGAGAGACGCGAAGGGCAUCAGCCAGGAGCAGCUGAACGAGUACCGGGCCUCCUUCAACCACUUCGACAGGGAUCACUCGGGCACUCUGGGUGCGGAGGAGUUCAAGGCCUGCCUGAUCAGCCUGGGCUUCGAUAUCGCCAACGAUGCACAGAAGAGAGCAGGAUUCAUGGAUGCUGAAGACUUCAAAACCUGCCUUAUCUCCAUUGGUUACAACCUGGGGGAGAACGAGUUUUCCCGCAUCAUGAGCAUCGUGGAUCCCAACAGGAUGGGCAUCGUCACGUUCCAGGCCUUCAUCGACUUCAUGUCCCGGGAGACAGCCGACACCGACACCGCCGACCAGGUCAUGGCCUCCUUCAAGGUCCUGGCCGGGGACAAGAACUACAUCUUAGCGGACGAGCUGCGCCGGGAGCUUCCCCCGGACCAGGCGGAGUACUGCAUCGCCCGCAUGGCUCCGUACACCGGGCCGGACGGCGUUCCCGGGGCUCUCGACUACAUGUCGUUCUCCACGGCGCUGUACGGAGAGAGUGACCUCUGAACUCUGACCUUCCUGCUUCAAACACCGCCACCUCCACCUCCUCUUCCCCCUCCUCCACCUCCUCCUCCGUCACCAAACUCCCACGAUGCGUUCUGUAUGUAGAGAAAGGCCCCAGACUCCACUGACCGGUCCUUUUACCUCGGCAGGGUCCAGGAGGUUCUGGUUAGUGUGUUGUGUGUGACCUCCUGAGUGCGUGAGGUAAAGUCUCUCCAGUGGAGUCUGGCGGGUUUGGAGAGAGGGUUAUGACCUAAUUUCCGCUCAGAAGAGUCGUCUGUCAGCCAGGUAAAGGUGUGCGCUAUAUUAAGAAUAUUUUCCUUGCUUUACCUCGCUGUCAGACGGCUCCCUGACGAGGAAGAGUUUGCUCUUUCCAAAUAUGACAGCUGAACGAUGACCUUCCUGCUUCAUCAGCGCCACCAAACUCCUCUCCUCCUGCGACCCUUUUUGUACGUCUCUGGCCUUAUCUUCCUCAUCCUCCUCCUCCUUCUCCCCCUCACUGUCUCCGUUGUAUUUGCUCCCCACGCGACGCAGCAGCUCUCCAGGUUUACAAAGAGGGAGAGCGUUUUUGUUAUUUUCUGUUUUUAUUUUUCUCGUUGUCGUUGUUUUUUUUCUUCAUAAAAUGAAUAAAGUUAACAUAUUUUAUUAUACUGAACAAAAAAAAGAAAGGUAUUUUUCUUCACCCGAUUGAAAAUAAGAGACAAGAAUUGUAAUAAAGAAAAAUUGCUAUAA